AACCUUAAGAGCGUAGUUUGACCUUUCGACGUUACUUUAUAUGGACUUAGGAGUUACACUUUUGCAAUGGGUGACUUGAUGAAAUUUGUUCGACAGCAGUUCUUUGAUAACAACUGGACUAAAUCUAUUGACCCUGAUUCUCUUAAUGAAGAAAAACUGGAAUGUAUCGAUGCCUCUUUCAGUCAUAUGGAUGUAAAAUCAAAGUUGUGUUUACUCUUAGCUUUCAGCAACAUGAAACAAAGUACAGUACAGCAGAUUAAUAAACAUAUCGAAAACAUAUUUCUCCAAGCUCUGGAUGAAGAAAACAAUCUUGUCAAGCUGUCGCUACAAUUUUGCACAGCUUUUGGGAAGAAUAUAGAUAAACUACUAAAAAGCGCUACUAAUUGGAAUACCGUAGAUACCCCUCUGCUAGCAGAAUAUUUGGGUCGUAAUGUUCUAGACAAAUUUCUUAAUUUGAAAGGAAAUGAUAAACCUCCAGCCAGUCUUCCAAAAUGUGGUUUCCAACGACGUGGAAAGCUGGAAUCAGAACAUUUGAAGGAAUCCUACCUCGAAAAAUUAAAGGAUGAAUGUCAGCGAAGACGUGUUCAUGUUCCAAUACCUGGAAGAAGCUUUGCUCGUCAAGAUGAAACUGAAGAUUCCGUUGCUGUUGAGGUGGUAAGUAAUGCAGGAAAUUCGGUUACUUCGUCACAGUCAGAUUCUACCUCAUUUUCCAGACGCAAAAGCACUUUUCCACGUAUAUCUGGUCAAAGUUCUGAUGAUCUAGAUUCAAAGAGAUCUUUGAUAUGGACUCGUGCCAAUAUAAAUAAAACCGGAAACAACAGCGAAAAUAGACCUAUUUCUACAAACGACAGAAUUAGUAGUCGGAGUCCUGCUAUGACAGGCGUCAAGAAGCAUUCAGGAAUAAAAUUGCUAGAGUUUGAUGAACUACCUGCAUUCGGACCGAAAGCUAAACAACUUCGUAAAGAAAAAGAGCGCGAAACGAAAAUGAAACUCAAACAAGAGAAAGAGGAAAGAGCUCGUGAGAAUAAGGCCGCUCGAGAAGCUUCCAAAUUAGCUCGUCAGUCUGAACGACAGGCUUUACUUGAAGCUCGCAGACAAAAUAUGUCCAUCUCACCUCUAUGGUCAAAUAAUCAUCAAGAACUUUUGGAAAAUAAAACGGAGAUGCAAAGUAUGUCAUUGAACUCCAAUCCUAAAUUUAUGGGUUAUGAUCCAGGUGCCUUUGAAACUAAACCAUCUUUUACAGCUUCAUCGAAAAAUUUCCAGCAAGAUUCACUACAUAAGACAGAACCAAAUAAUCGUCAAUUCCCACUUCACCUUACAAGUUCAAAUUCAAACGUUUCAAAUCGCAUUAUUUCUCCCCAAAUAAAUACUGACAUUAAACCAGUCAUUCAUCAUCCGCUUCUGUCGACAUCUAUUUCUGUUGGUUCCAAAAAUAGUACAAUGUAUGUUGAAGAAGAAGAUGAUGAUGACGAUGAUGACAUGCUACAAAAUGGUGAAUCUGGAGUGUACACUCUUGGAUUCCCUAAGACUUUCAAUUUCAACUCACCUUUUAGCGCAAAUCUCACUGGUAUCCAAUCUUCUAGUUUCCCAUCUGGCCCUAUGACUUCAUUUUCCGGGAUUCACUCAUCAAAUUCACAGUCGAUCAAUAAUAUACCUGUCUCCAACUUAGGACAGACCCAUUUUGUUCAAUGUCUUCCUCCCAAUUAUUCUACUGUUUCAUUCUCUCCUGUAUCACAAACACUGAAUACACCUGUGAAUCACAUCAGACUUAUCAGACCUGGUAUUUCACAACCGAAUACAGGCGGCGUUGUUAAAGUGAUAAAUGCUCCAUCUGACUCACCGGUUCGAAUCAUUUGUGUAAUGGAUCCAAAUUCUUCUAAAACUGCACCAAAUGCUAUGUUACAGUCUGGAAAACCUUUAAAUAUUAACAUAUCACAAGGCCAAAAUACGCAAAAUGAAAAUACCAACCAUGGAUUGUCUAAUAGUUUUUCACAGUCGUCGGAAUUCACGUAUCCUAUAUCUACUACUGGUGCGCAGGUAUUAUCUCCUCAACAAGUUGCAUCUAUCCCUUCAGAAUCAGUUCCUAGUAUGGUUGUCAACAGUUCCAUCCCAAUUUUACGUCCGAAACUUAAUUCAAGUAAUCCGUUAGUAUGUAUUGCUCCUCGUCCAAAUCGUGUAAUUCAAAUAAAUUCUACAAAUAAUAUCUGUGAAAAUACAGUUACUUCUCAACCAGUCAUCAAUUCAUCAGAAAGUAAUCAAAUAUACUUAUCACCAUCAUAUCCUAUACAACAUCAAACAUCAGUCAAUUUAAUUAGACCAUCUAAUUCCACUGUUGUUAUUGAUAAUAAACCUGUUGUGUUUGCAUCGACUCCAACACGCUUAACUUCACCACAAGUUCAAUCUCAACGACCUCAGCUUGUACAACGAUUUAGUGUUAUAGCACCGAAACCAACAGUUCAGUCUUCAGUAAAUCAAACGUAUGUUCAGAUAUUACCGCGACCUACAGCGACAACCGUUCAAGCAGCCAGACCACCCAAUUUGACUGUAAUAAAAUCGUCAAAUCAAAAUAAAAUUCAUGUGGAUUCUUCUAAUGUAAUACAAAAUACCACUAGUCACCAGGUUGUUGUAUCAAACGCAUAUACUAAUAAUGACACUGGCAACUCUAAUAUUAAUAUACCAAAUCCCUGUGAUAUAUCUCCCGUAUCUAUUACCACAAGUCUUCCAAACUACAACAUACACCUGGCGGAGACUUCAAAUACUAUGGUUCCUAAUGAAACAAAUCUUAUAAAUUCAUCACAACCUUCAUUAACAACGGUUACUGGCAAUAUUGUUAACGCGUCUACAAAUUUGUCAUCUGUGAAAAUUCAAGAUGAUUUAUGUUUAACCGAAUCACAAUUAAGUACAGUGCAAAGUUUAUUCCAAGAUGCGAAUCGCGUUACUCGACCUGAAAAAGCAAUGAUCAUAUCAUUCAUCGCUGGUUCAAGAGAUAAUCCACGUCCAGAGACUGGUCAAAUAACUCGUAUUCGUCUUAGUGAACAUAGAGAACGUGUUCUUAAUCAAAAUACUGGUCAACUAAUGGAUUUAGCUGUGGACACAUUUCUAACUAUGGAUUAUUCAACUGGAAAAUAUGAGAAAAUAAAAUGUUAUCGUAGUGAUACACCUGAAAAUCUUGCAAUAAAUAAACCUGAUACAGGGUUUAUUGGACCCUUAACACAAGCUGAAUAUGAACAACUUUAUCCUCGGACUGACAAGCCUGAUCUAUUGGCUGAGGUAGCUGCUGAAGAAAAUGAAUGGAUAGAAUUUGAACGGCUUGAUGAAAAAGAAGCUGUUCAAGCUGGAACUGCAGCUUGGACUCCCUUAACACCACCCUAUAUCGAUUCACAUUUCUCCAUAUGGUCUCUGUCAGAAUCUAUAAGUGCUAGUCAGCUUUAUCUGGGUGGAAAGCUACCUCCACCUCCAACAGCUAGUUGGGCAAAAGUAUUACGACGAGACUAUACAGCAGAUGAUUACGAAGAAGAAAUUGAUUAUAUGCGUGCUCGAGCUGAAAAUGAAAUCAAAUAUGAAAUCGGUGAACUGGCUCCUGUGCGAUAUGCAAUUCACGUUCAGGUUGCUUCAACGUAUUCCGAAAGUCUGAUGAUUUCUUCUUUGGCUGAAGAUUAUUAUUGUAUAGCAGGUUAUAUUGGUUGGUGUGAUCUGUCCGAUCCAAGUCUUUCCAGUCAUGUUCAACAAAUGAGUCACGAUCCGUUACUUGUUGGUUUACGUUAUGAUGUUAGUGAAAUGGAUGGUGAUUAUCUGUUGGAGUCAGUGAUCGAUAGUAAUUUCUCAGUAAUUGAACAUCAACAACUUGUAUUCGAUUUAGCUAUUGGACCACAUCAAUUAAGACAUGCAUGUCAUUUAGCUUAUCGUCAUCCUAAGUUAAAAUUAGUACUUAAUCAUUGUGGUUUACCUGUAGAGUUUACUGCAAGCAGAUCAGACAAUUUAGCUUGGAAAAACUGGCGCUCAGACUUGGAACUACUCAGUCGAUAUCCAAAUGUUUAUUGCAAAGUGACUGGUGCUACUGGUUGUAUACAAAAGUCUUCAGAAUCAUCUAACGAUACAUCCGAUGUUUACAGUAUCGAUCAGUGGUGUGCCAGUUCAGCUUUAUCUCAUGCAAUCAGUUGUUUUGGACCAGACCGUUGUUUAUUUGGUUCCGGUUGGCCAAUAUGUCGAUUAUUCCAACCAAAUCAAACAGGUUGGCCUGAACAAGCCACAGCUAGUGAUUUACAAACAUUUGAUAUACCUGGUGAAAUAGCCGCUAAACGUGCAAGACGAUCAGUUCCAUUGAAAGUUCUUAAUCUAUGGGAAACUGCUAGAUUGGUGGAACAUGCUAUGGGUGAUGCUGGUUAUGGAUCAGUUGAAGAUAAAGAGAAAAUAUUUUCGACAAAUGCACAACAUGUAUAUAGUUUAUCUAUUCGACCAUAUGGUUCAUGUCCAAAACUUAAACGUUCUGAAUAGUAUUGAACAAUCAAUUGUAUCAUAUUAUAAAUUAUGUACAAAGUAUUUAAUGUAUUAUUAUCUAUACGCAUUAUCGGUGAAUUGGUUUUUAUACAAUGCAAAAAUUUUUAGUAAUGGGUUUUUCCCCGUUCUAUCUAUAUUGAAGCCUUUUUACUGUUAUAUAAGUCAGAUAAUUAUACAUUUGUCGGGAUUGUUUCAUUGUAAAUAAUGCUUAUAAAUUGAACAACUUAACUGAGAUUUUUUAACUAGAAUCUGGUAGAAACUGUAAAAUAUCUAACCAGUUUUCGUUAUUAUAGCUGUUUUUUUACAUUCUCAGAGAAGGUGAAUAUCAUUAGAUGGAUGAUUAGUGAGAAUAAUAUGACGUUUAGUCAUAGGUAUAUUCAUUAUUAUAAAUACUGAAAUCUUUGAUGUUUUUCUCCAGUAGUGGUUUGUUCACCUUCAUACCUAGCCUUAAUUAGGUAUUGAAUUAUUCAUCUCAUAGAUAAAUCUUUCCUCCCUGUGUGUUUAUUUCACUAAAUACAUAAUAUUCUCAUUUGUUGUCUGUAAUUGUAUUAUUUCACCUUGUCAUUUUCAUCUCGUCGUGCUAAUGUGAUGUGGUAACUUCGGCUAAUACAUAUUUAUGACAAGUCCUACGUUGGUUAUAACAAAUUUAUGAAGUCAAGAAUUUCACGAUCUGUAUGAUGUUGGAUGAGUUAUAAAUUUAUUAAUACUGGGAAUUUAUGUUAAUUUCUUUACAUGUGAAAAAAGUUUUCGUUUGUACGAAGCUCUGGCUAUCUCAUUUUGGCUUCGUUGUCUAACCUGAACGUCACGAACGUUAGUUGUAUAAGAUACGAUUGGAAAUUCGUUAGAGCAUCAAGUAAUUACCUUCAUAAUAUAUUUAUCAAUGGAGCUUCAAUAUGUCAGCGUUUUGUAAAUGAUUUAUAAGAGAGUAUAUUAUAA